GUGCAGUUCUACUCUGCAACACAUGGGUCACCAUGAGUCGGAAUUGACUUGACAGCAACUGUUUCUUUUGUGUGUUUGUGUGUGUCAUGGGGGCUUGUUAUUCAGUGGCAUGUAAAAGAAUUAUUGCAUUACUUUUUGUGAAGUUUAAAGAAUUAGGAAAUAAGUGACAUAACAAAAGAGAGUUAAUAAAAUAAAGAAACAAAUUACUGAAUACACAAUUGAAAAAAUGGAUAUAAGGGCAAGGAACUAGAUAUUAGAAUAGAGAUAUACAUAUUAACUUAGGGUCUGCUAGUACAUCCUUUUUUGAGGGUAGUUAACUUUUAGAUCUGAAUGAUAAAAAGGUGAUGGCCAUACAAAGAGCUCAUUUGUGAGAAAUGAAAGAGCCUGUGAGUAGCUUUAAAAGAUGGGAGAUGUGGUUUGAUACAGGAGUUGAAAAAAGUUAAGGAGAAAGGGGACAAUGGGUUGAAUUGAGGUCUUACAAGCAACACCUUAUUAUCCAUGGUGAAGUGUUUUAAAAAAGAGAAAACAUCAAAAUAUCAUUAGGACAGAUUGUUAGGUUUUGAUCUCUGUGAAAUACUGAUGACCAGUUCCUACAUCUAUAGCUGUUGGUUCAGUUUAUCUGUAUUGCUUCCUGAACAUCAGUACUUCCUGACAAGAUUACUAGGUGAUGAUCAACAUCCAAAUUUCAGAUCCACUGUCUUAAUCUGUUUCCAUUAUUACAAACCUCACAAUCUUACAUACUGUUAUCAUUCUCUGAGCUCUUUUUGCCUUUCUUCAAAUUUCAGAGUUAUUCAUUUAGACUGUUAAAUAUUUUCAGUUUUUUUCCUUUACUUUCUAUAACUUUUACUUUUGUGACCCAUGAAAAGAGAAAUUUUGUUUUCUUUCAGAUUUCGAGUCAGCGCACGAGACAAAGAGUUUAGGUAUAGGAAAAGACAUUAUUAACAACAGUGAUUCUCAGUGGGACAUAAUGGAAAGUAGUAAGUCCACUGGCCUUGAGAACUUCAUUUUCAGAAAUGACUGGCAAAGCAAAAGCAAUAUUGAAGUACAAGGAUCUGAAGUGGGAUAUUUCAGUAAAAGGAAAAUCAUCUCUGAAAAAGUGCCCAGUUACAAGAAUCAUAAAUAUCUUACAUUAUUACAUCAGAGUAUUCAUCAUAAUGAGAAGCCCUAUGAAUAUAAGGAAUAUGGGAAGGUCUUUACUUGUGACUCAAACAUUGAUGAAUAUGAGAGAAUAUGUACAGGUGAGAAAACCUAUGAAUGUAAUGAAUGUUGGAACUCGUUUGGUGUGGAUGACCUAUAUCCUAUACAACUGAAUAUUCAUACUAGUAUGAAACCUUGUAAGUGUUUUGAAUAUGGGAAUAUAUUUAAUUUUCACGAAGACCUUAGUGAACACCAGAAAAUUCAUAAUAAUGAGAAGAACUAUAAAUAUAAGGAAUACAGAAGGACGUUUAAAGUAGUUGGAGAAAUGACUUCACUUCAGAAAAUUCAUGCUGGUGAGAAACCCUAUGAAUGCAUGGUCUGUGGGAAAUCCUUUAGAGUGCAUGCACAACUUACUCGACAUCAGAAAAUCCAUACUGAUGACAAGCCCUACAAAUGUUUGGAAUGUGGCAAGGACUUUAGAUUUCAUUCACAGCUGACUGAACAUCAGAGAAUUCAUACUGGUGAGAAACCCUACAAAUGUAUGGAAUGCGAAAAGGUCUUUAGAAUUAGUUCACAGCUUACUGAACAUCAGAGGAUUCACACUGGUGAGAAACCUUAUGCGUGUAAGGAAUGUGGGAAGGCUUUUGGAGUCUGUAGAGAACUUGCUCGACAUCAGAGGAUCCAUACCGGUAAGAAACCCUAUGAAUGCAAGGCAUGUGGAAAGGUCUUUAGAAAUAGUUCGUCCCUGACUAGACAUCAGAGAAUUCAUACUGGUGAGAAACCCUAUAAAUGUAAGGAAUGUGGGAAAGCUUUUGGGGUGGGUAGUGAACUUACCCGACAUCAGAGAAUCCACAGUGGUCAGAAACCUUACGAAUGUAAGGAGUGUGGAAAGUUCUUCAGACUUACUUCAGCCCUUAUUCAACAUCAGAGAAUUCAUAGUGGGGAGAAACCCUAUGAAUGUAAGGCAUGCGGGAAGGCGUUUAGACACAGCUCAGCCCUUACCGAACAUCAGAGAAUUCACACUGGAGAGAAACCUUAUGAAUGUAAGGCAUGUGGGAAGGCCUUUAGACAUAGUUCAUCCUUUACAAAGCAUCAGAGAAUUCAUACUGGUGAGACGCUCUAUGAAUGUAAAGAAUGUGGAAAAGCCUUUUACCUAAAGCAAAACCUCAUAGAUCAUGAGAAAAUGCAUACUGGAGAGAAAUCACAUGAAUGUACUGAAUGUGGUAAAGUGUUCUCUCGGAUCUCAUCCCUUACUCAACAUUUGAGAAGUCACAGAGGGAAAAAAACGUAUAAAUGUAAUAAAUGUGGAAAAGCCUUCAGCCAGAAGGGAAACUUCCUUUCUCAUCAGAAACAUCAUAUUGCAGAAAAAUCUUAUGAAUGUGGGAAGGCUUCUAUUCAGAUGGCAAGCCUCAUUAGACACCAGAGAAAUUAUACUGGAAAACCAUGUGUAUGUAAGGAAUGUGGGAAGACCUUUAAUGGCAAAUCUUACCUCUCAGAGCAUGAGAAAAUUCAUACGGGAGAGAAACCAUUUGAAUGUAAUCAAUGUGGAAGAGCCUUCAGCCAGAAGCAGUACCUCAUUAAACAUCAGAACAUUCAUAGUGGAAAGAAACCCUUUGAAUGUAACGAAUGUGGAAAAGCAUUUAGUCAGAAAGAAAACCUCAUUAUCCACCAAAGAAUCCAUACUGGAGAGAAACCUUUCGAAUGUAAAGGAUGUGGGAAAGCUUUCAUUCAGAAGUCAAGCCUCAUUAGACACCAGAGAAGUCAUACUGGAGAGAAACCCUAUACAUGUAGGGAAUGUGGGAAAGCCUUCAGUGGCAAAUCAAAUCUUACCGAGCAUGAGAAAAUUCAUAUUGGAGAGAAACCCUAUAAAUGUAAUGAAUGUGGAACAAUCUUCAGGCAGAAACAGUAUCUCAUUAAGCAUCAUAACAUUCAUACAGGAGAGAAACCCUAUGAAUGUAAUAAAUGUGGAAAAGCCUUCUCUCGAAUCACAUCGCUUAUUGUACAUGUGAGAAUUCACACGGGUGAUAAACCUUAUGAAUGUAAAAUAUGUGGGAAAGCUUUCUGUCAAAGCUCAUCUCUUACCGUGCAUAUGAGAAGUCAUACAGGUGAGAAACCCUAUGGUUGUAAUGAAUGUGGAAAAGCCUUCUCUCAGUUCUCAACUCUUGCUCUACAUAUGAGAAUCCAUACAGGUGAAAAACCUUAUCAGUGCAAUGAGUGUGGAAAAGCCUUUAGCCAGAAGUCACAUCACAUUAGACAUCAGAGAAUUCAUACUCAUUAAAGCUCUGUGAAUGCCUUUUAAGAAAGCUUUCGGCAAAAUUUAUACUUAAUAGCAAAUCAGAAAAUUCAUUUUAUAGCAAAGGGACAUCAAUAUUAAAAAUCUUUCAGCAACAACUCAAAAUCGAGAUUUUUGACAAGAACUAUCAUAGUAUAAUGUAAGCUUCUACCCCAGAGUUUCCACAACAUUAUUAAUGCUGUACUUUCAGGAGAAGUCCCAUGAAAGUCAGGAUGCAGACAUGGACAUUGCUAUCUUACUACUAAUCAGUGUGCUCCUAGAAAGCCUACCUGAUACAGUAAGACAGAAGGAUUUGAACUUAAGACAAAAUUGUUAUAAAAUUAUAUGAUUUGCUGUAUGUAUGAUUUAUAAAGUAUAAUCAAAAUUAUUUGCUUAGAGAUUAGAAAAGUAUUGUGUACAGAAACGUAUGCAUUUAUGGGAAAUUGAUCAUUGGUAGGGUGGCAUCACAAAUUAUAGGGACAUCAUGGAUGAUUCAAAAACUGGUCUCAGGGUAAUUGACUCUUCCUGUGUAAAAAUAAUAGACGUCCGUGGUCACCAAACAUGAAAAUACUUAUUAUGAAUUUUAAAAAUAUUGAAGAUUAGAAUACAAAAAGCAAAACUUACAAAGAAUUUUGUAGGAGAAUGUCUUAAAACCUUGGAGUUGAAAAGAAUUUCUAAAAUAGGUUCCAAAACCAAACUCAUUGCCCUUUAGUUGAUUCUGACUCAUAGCGACCCUAUAGGACCUAGUACAACUGCCCCAUAGGGUUUCCAAGGAGCAGCUGGUGGAUUCUAUCUGCUGACCUUUUGGUUAAUAGCCUAGCUCUUAACCAUUUCAGCACCAGGGCUCCAAAUAGGUUCCAGAAUAUCCACCAAUUCCCCUCUUAAGUAUAUAUACAUACCUUAUAUGCAAUAACUGAUAUGUACCCAGGGAGCCACAUACCAGUAUGUUUAUUGCAUCAUGAAUCAUAGUCCCCAAAAAUUGGAAAUGUGCCACUUGUGAAAUGGAUAAAUGAAGUGUGCCAGUCAUGUAGUAAAAUACUCUAGCAGUUAAGUAAAAAUAUAUGUAUUAACAGGAAGAUCUGAAAAAUCAUGUUGCAAAAACUGAAGGAAAAAUGACUAUUAUAAUGAAAGUUAUGUGAAUUUGAAUAAAAUCAACACUAACAAAGAAUACUAAGCAUUGGUUACGGAUAAACACUUUUAUAUAAGUGGUUGGCUCUAGAAGGGGAGGUAGAAGGAAGAUGGGACUAAGCGUGGUAGUAGUGCAAAGAUACUUUAGUUUCGUAUAUUAAACAUUUCAAGUAAAUAUAACAAUGCUCUACUUGUUGCAAUAUAUGUGUGUAUAUUUGUGUUCAUUCUGUUUGUGUAAUUUCUUAAAUUUUUGAAAACUAAAAAGGUGGAAAUAAUGGGGAAACUACAUGUAAGUACAUGUUAUGAUGAACUCACAUGCUCAGAUGCUAAUAUUUUUAUAAGAAAUAUUUCCGAAGUCAUAUCUUUAAAAUAUGAAAUGUUUGUUAAUUUUAAAAUUUGAGGUGGCAGCCUAACACAUCCAAUUAUUUAAAAUUUACUCUUGUAUGUCACAUAAGUAAUCUAUGCAUAGACUUUACUCCAGAAGUUGUAGCAUGAUUUUGCCACAGGUUGUUUCACAUACUUUUAAGGAUUGUGUCAUUAAAUAUUAAUAUUUGCACACAUUUGGAGUUUGUUUUUACUGAAACAUCAGAAAUUUUAAUUCUGUACAUAACCAGUAUUAGCAUUGUUCUUGUUAGGCACUGUCGAGUCAGUACCAACUCGUAGUGACCCUAGGUACAACACUGCCUAGUCC